AUGAACCGCAAGCAGAGGCGGGCCAAGGAGACGGCCAAAGCGAUCAAAAGUGCGGAUGACAUCCCGCUCUCAAAACCAGAUCGGUCUACGGCACCAGAACAUAACAAGGGCAAGACAAAGACGCUGCUCGAAAUCGCCGCCGAACGACAGGCUCAGCUUGCCUCAACGAUGUCCUCGGGGUCUGGAGGCGCCAAGGGCAUUGAUGCUGGUGGUGCAAUCAAGCCGGAGAACAUUGUGCAAGUCAAGAUUGGGAAAGGGGGAGAACUCAUCGCAGAGUCGGACUCGUCGGAAGUGCCGCCGUUACUGUCUUCGUCGUUAGAAAGCGAAUAUCCCUGGCUCGACACGCUCCUGCUCGCGUCGUCGCUCAGCGCGGUCCACUUCACCCUCUCCGUGCUCGCUAUGCACCAGUACGCCGAACAAGUCCACUUCCGGCCGUUGAUCAUGCAGACCGUGUUCGUCGCGCUCCCCACACUCGCCUUCUUCAUCGCCCUGUUCCACGGUCACCUCCUCCCCUCGUCACUCACGAAUGUCCCGCCCUCGGUGAAGUACUGGGUUGUCCUUCUCCGAUCCAUCAUCUACGUGGUCACGGCGAACGUCGCGGGGUGUUACUUGAUCCAGUUGACCAACGACAAGGGGUACUACGCAGUCAUGAAGGACGCGCCAGGAGUAGGUACGCUGUGGGUCUGGGCGAUUCUUGAAAUGGGAUUACUGGGGGCACUGGCUGGAGUGGCAGGGCCAGGGAUUUAUGCUUGGUGGUACGGGUACGGGAUUUUGUGA